AUGACUUCGCCAUCUAUACCCCCUCCUCCAUCGUCUUUAAACCUUCCGGAGCCUGUUUAUGGAAAUACCCAAGGAUUUCGCCCUCCAUCUCCUCUGCGAAAUGGGUUCACGGUGGGAUCCAGCGUUGAUAGCGUGAGUGAGGAUGGCUCUGACGAUGGGAGUGACGACCACGUGAAAACUUGGGGGCGGACGCAUUCACCUAAUUCGUCCGUCACAAAACUUGCCUCCACGUUCGCUCAGCGCGUUGGUUCCUUCGUCAAUAAUAUCAACGCCCGUCCGCCAAAUGGCAUGCCGACCGACGCCGAAAUUGAGGCCGAGGCGGAACGGGAGCGCGAUCGAAGUCGAAGGCAGGCAGAGAGGAUCUUGACGCAAGAGGCAGAAGAGAGGAGGAUGGAAGAGAGAGUCAUGGCGAUGCUUGCAUCCUCUCGGCCGGUUACACCUCAGCGUGCGCAUACUAUGCCCGAGUCUUCUUCCCCAGCUGGAUCUCAGAAGGACAGUGCGCCUAGCUGGUGGAUUGCUGCAAAGAAUAGACUAACGCCAACCAAGGAGCCUCUGACUCCGGCACAGCAGAUCGUUCUGGACACCAAGGAGCGAGAGAAGAAGGAAAAGAAGGGUGGAAAGCAGAAGGAUAAAGGAAAGGAAAGAUCGUUGGAAGAUUGGCAACCUUCGAGUGAUAUUAACUUUUCAGACCCCUCAUUGCUUAACCUUAACCUCUCCAUCCCGCUGGAGCCUCCUCGUCGACCAAGUCCUGGUUCACCUGCCUCUCCGACACCAGGGUCUCAACGGGCUUUGAGUCUUCCUCCUAGUCUGGCGCCCUCUCCGCUUCGUUCCAAUGACGGCCACGCUUCCCCAUCUCGUGAAGCGCCACCUCUUUACGCCCAGUUCAAUGCACAGGGCACCUUGGAUAUUGCCGGUACACUUUUGCUCGUUGCCAAGCGAUUCGAAAAACUAGAAAAGUGGACCGUCGGCCAUGUACGUGCUUUGGAGGAAAGAAUGAGCGACGUGGAACGCUGGCUGGUAGAUAAGGAAAAGGAAAAAGAAGAGCAAGGACAGAGACAAGAUCUGUCUGAGGGUGCAAAUCAAGCCAUCAGCGAGAUACAGGAGGAGAUUGUCGAGCUGCAAGGCCGAAUUGGCGAGUUGGGUCGGGAGAUGGCCAAAAUGGCCACUGCGCCCACGAACUUAUCGUCUGGCCCUUCGCGCACUCCAGCUCCCAUAUCAACCGCUCCGCAGACAUCGUCUGUCAUUGCUGUCCACUCUCUACCGCCAGUUGCGGCCGCCGCUCCAACUCCUCGAGUGGUCUCGGGGCCGCAGCGGCGUGAUUCUAUGAGUCCGCCUUUUGUUCCAUCCAAUAUAUCCACAAGCUCAUCUCACACCCCUCGGAGUCGAUUGCCGUAUCCAACAGGUGACUAUGCAACGCCUCCCGAUACGGUACUACUCGCCCAGGGCAUGUUCUCACCGACUAACUCUCCACCCUCUUCGAUUACUUCCGCUACGCACAGUCGGCCACUCUCCGUCUCCGGUCUGCCUUCGCUGAACUCUGGGUCCAUUACCGGCAACCCACAAUCCUCCAAUUCUGGGCUUCCUAUGCCAACAUCACCGCCCGCGGGCUCUGAGAGCCCUUCCAACCAUCUCACUCAACAAGGUUCAUAUGUCCGGGGUUCCAGCGUUAGUCCUACGCCUAGAAAGCGAUACACUGUAGCCCUUGGAGGACCUAUCAUGAAUCCAAAUGCCUCUCGUACUGAACUGAGCGGGAACCUUUUCUCAUCCUCCCCAGGUCCAAUGCACGACGAUCUCCCUGACGACGAGCGAGACGAUUCUUACGAUGACACAAUUGGCAAGUCUGCGUCUCGCCUUGCUGUCAACAAUCACAACCACAACGGAAAUGGAAAUGGAAACGGCUACGAUACUUCGCCCACUCCCUCCCCACGCUCUUCCCGCAUCCGUGCGCGUUCAACUUACGGACCCAUAGCGUCGUCUUCCCCAGUCCCACCUCUCCGACCACGUAUACGAUCCAAGUCAAUUGAUCGAUUUGGCUUAGGUCUAGGGAUCUCAGAUGGGGCUGCGACUCCCCAAACACCAUUGACAGGAAAGUUUGUCGAUCCCCUGCUGGUGAGAAAACAGGAGAAACGGGCGCAAGCUAGUGCAGCCCCACCAACACCGAAGGCGGUUGUUGGGAAACGGAAGGUGCCUGUUGGAGAGCUCGUCGCAUUUUUCGACGGGGACAAAGCCUGA